AUGAAUCUUCUAUUCUUUGCAUUAACAUUGAUCCUAUUACAUGGAUCAUCAAGAGCAAGAGAAGAAGCUUCCGGACAUGAUCAUGAUGUCGUCAAAAUCGGUGCCAUAUUCACACUGAAAACUAUAAACGGACAGGUUUCCAAAAUUGCCAUCCAAGCUGCUGAGAAAGAUGUGAAUGCUGAUCCUCGCAUCAUGGGGGGACGUAAAUUGUCCAUAAACAUCCAUGAUUCCAACUUCAGUGGCUUUCUUGGCUUCAUUGGGGCCCUCAAGUUCUUGAUGACCGACACUGUAGCUAUAAUCGGUCCACAAGCUUCGGUCAUGGCUCAUGUGCUUUCACAUCUCGCAAAGGAGCUCCAUGUUCCCUUACUUUCCUUCACGGCUCUGGAUCCCACGCUCACACCUCUCCAGUAUCCUUAUUUCGUCCAGACAGCACCCAGCGAUCUGUUCCAGAUGACUGCAGUUGCAGACAUGAUUAGUUAUUUUGGCUGGAGAGAAGUCAUAGCAGUAUUCAGUGAUGAUGAUCAGAGUCGAAAUGGGAUAACUGUUUUGGGGGAUAAACUUGCAGAGAGACGCUGUAAGUUGUCUUACAAAGCAGCACUGCCUCCUGAUCCAACCGCCACUCCAAGCUUUGUUACCAGUCAGUUACUGAAGAUUAAAAGUAUGGAGUCUCGAAUAAUCGUUUUACACACCUUCGCCAAAACUGGUCUCUUGGUUUUAGACGUGGCUCAGAAACUAGAAAUGAUGGGCAAAGGGUAUGUCUGGAUAGCUACUACUUGGUUAUCAACUGUUUUAGAUUCAACUUCUGCUCCACUACCUUCAGACAAUUCUACCUCAAUUCUAGGAGUUCUUACCCUUCGCCCUCAUACCCCUCAAUCCAUAAAAAAACAGGCAUUCAUCUCGAGGUGGAAACACAUAAGUAAUGGCUCAAUUGGGUUAAAUCCAUACGGACUCUAUGCAUAUGAUUCUGUCUGGAUAAUUGCUCAGGCACUAAAAUUAUUUUUUGAACAGAAUCGAACCGUUUCAUUUUCUAACAACACAAAGUUAAGUAGUACGAGGGAAGAGGCUCUGGAUCUGGGUGCUUUGAGCGUUUUUGAUGGAGGGAAGCAGCUACUUGAUAACAUUUUGCGCAUUAAUAUGACUGGAUUGACUGGACCUAUUCACUUUGGUUCAGAUAGAUCUCCUCCACAUCCAUCAUAUGACAUCAUUAAUGUAAUUGCUACAGGUUUUCGGAGCAUCGGUUACUGGUCUAAUUACUCUGGACUCUCAGUAAUAACCCCUGAGAAACUUCAGAAGAAGCCUGCCAAUCGUUCAAUUUCAAGCCAGCAUCUAAAGCAUGUUAUAUGGCCUGGAAAUACUGCAGAAAAACCUCGUGGAUGGAUUUUCCCAAAUAAUGGGAGGAAACUGAGAAUUGGAGUUCCCAACAGAGUUAGUUAUAGAGACAUAGUCUCACAAAUGAAUGGCACAAAUGCAGUUCAAGGAUAUUGCAUAGAUAUAUUCCUAGCUGCCAUAAAAUUGCUUGCAUAUCCAGUUCAGUAUAAGUUCAUUCUGUUUGGAGAUGGAAAAAAUAACCCAAACUACUACGAUCUUGUCAACAUGAUUACUUCUGAUGGUUUUGAUGCUGUUGUAGGUGACAUUGCUAUUGUCACUGACCGAACAAAGAUUGUGGAUUUUACUCAACCAUAUAUAGAAUCGGGGCUAGUUGUGGUUGCUCCGGUAAAAAAAUUGAAGUCACAUGCUUGGGCUUUCUUGCGGCCAUUUACUCCAGUGAUGUGGGGUGUCACUGCAUUUUUUUUCCUCUUUGUUGGAGCAGUGGUGUGGAUUCUUGAACAUAGAUCAAACGAUGAGUUUCGGGGGCCGCCAAAGGAACAGAUAGUUACAGUCCUUUGGUUUAGUUUCUCAACCAUGUUUUUUGCACACAGAGAAAACACAGUCAGUCCACUUGGUCGAAUUGUGUUGAUAAUCUGGCUUUUUGUGGUUCUGAUAAUCAAUUCAAGCUACACUGCAAGCUUGACAUCAAUUCUCACCGUGCAGCAGCUGUCUUCCCCCAUAACAGGAAUUGAUAGCUUGAUAUCCAGCAGUGAACGUAUAGGGUUCCAAGUAGGCUCGUUUGCUGCAAACUAUCUCACUGAGCAACUCAAUAUCCCCAAAAAUAGACUUGUUCCUCUUGGCUCACCAGAAGAAUAUGCCGUUGCCCUUGAAAGGGGAACUGUUGCAGCUGUGGUGGAUGAACGGCCAUACGUAGAACUCUUCCUUUCAAACCGCUGCAAAUUCUCAAUCAGGGGCCAAGAGUUCACCAAAAGUGGAUGGGGAUUUGCAUUCCCAAGGGACUCUCCUUUUGCAAUUGAUAUGUCAACUGCCAUUUUAACUCUAUCUGAGAAUGGUGAACUUCAGAGGAUCCAUGAAAAGUGGCUUUCAGAGAAGGCUUGCCAUUAUCACAGCAGUGAGGAUGAACAACUUCAAUUAAAUAGCUUCCGGGGACUGUUUGUGAUAUGUGGAAUAACAUGUUUCGUGGCGCUUCUAAUAUACUUUUUAUCAAUGCUGCACCAAUUUGGUAAAAAAUCCCUUCAGAAAGCUGGUCCUUCUGAUCGUUACAGCUUGCCUUCUGCACGCAUCCAAACAUUUCUACAUUUUGUUGAUGAGAAAGAAGAAGUAUCUCCCAAGAAAUUAAAAAGAAAACUGGAAAGUAUUUCAUCGAAUCGUUUGAGGAGCAUAUCCAAGACCAAGAGCAAGACUCAGAGAGUGCAGGUGGACAUUUCCUAA